AUGGCAGCGUUUAUGAGUUUCUUCCGAUCCACCCCAAAAAAAGAUGGAUACACCGAAGCUUUUUUAGGAGGGGAUAAGGAAAUGUACUAUAAUGAGGAACUUAAAAGAUGGGUCGUGAAAGGGGAAGAAAUACAGGCCAGUGUUGAUAGUAAACAAGUACCCCCCCCUCCUAUGAUUACAUCAGCUCAACCACUUUCACAAGAAGCGGGCUCCAGUGGCCAAUCUACUGGUAAGGUGGGUUGGAACCAAAAAAAUGCUACUCAUCUUUAUACUGAUACCCCAGGUAUUUGUCUAAAAGAACCUGCAAACAAUAAUGAAUCAAUUUAUCUAACCCCUUCACAUCUAAAACAAUCGAUUUAUUGCUGUGGAUCAAACAGUCCUUUCAACCGCAAUUCAAAUAGUCCACUUAGUGUUGCGACAAAUUUCAUCCCACAAACACCAUUUAACACCAAGGGACAAGUAUCUCCUCAGUCAAACAGUGAUGAUAAUAAGCAGAUAUUUCAGAACGAUGCAAGUCCGUUGUCUAACAAUGAAUAUUACAAUAAAAAUUAUGUCAGUAGUGCUGAGGACGAAGAGCUUAACAUGUGUAGUGACUUCCCUACACAAUCUAAUAACACUCUGGGCUCAGGUGAAUCUCAGUGCCAAUUACUGUCUAAUUCAUCACUACUACAAUCUGAAGUUGAUACUUUUGAAUACAAAUCACCAGUGGUAGCAAGAGAUACAGGCUCACUUUGUACCUCCCGUAAAUCCACAGUGCACAGGCAGCUAACAAUCCAAUCCAGAUCCACCUCCAUUGCCCAUGGGAGUGGAGUGCCAAUUUAUGACGUUUCAAAUGAGGAGUAUGAGAAAUUUAAGAAAACUCACAUUCACGAUCUAGAGAAUACUACAUCCAUAGGUUCUGACAUAAACGCGGACAAUAGCAAUGGUGAAGCUAAUUCACUGAUAAAUGCGUCGGAUAAUUCGCCAGUAUUGAACAACAAUAUAAUAGAAAACACAUACACCUGCCUUGACAAGUGUGUCGGCAUUCUAGAAAAAAUUAAGUCAACAAAUCUAGGUGAAGUAUUUACUAGUGUAAAUAGCAAUUCUGUGGGGGAUAAGAUUUUUAGACAAAAUAUUCACCUGAUGCAAAUUAUACAAAAUUUGUAUGCAAUUUUAGAAGAUGCCAAAAUAUCACAAUCAAGUGAUAGGCAAGCAUCUAUUGAUAUUGAUAAUAAGGCUAUACUCACAAUUGACAGCAAAAUUUCUGAAUUAAUGGGUAUAAUGAAUAAUUACCAAAACAAGAUAUUUUCAAUCUGCAAUAUGAUCCGCAUGGGCGGAGAUUAUAAUUCUGUUAAGCUUGAUAUUAUUCAUGUGGAGUCUCUGUUGAACAAAUUAGAGGGGGUUAAAAAUAAAAUUAUCAUGGAUCUUAAGUCUCAAGGCAUUACGAUUGAUGAUGUAGAUAAAGAUAUUUCUGAGCUGGAGAGUAAAAUUGAGUCUUUAAAGACGAGCUGUGUUUAG